UGGUGAGUUAGUUCGCCGCGUGUUUUGAUGCGUACGCUACAAUUUCACAUGUAGAUGGGCAAUGAAAGAUAUCCUAAGAACUUCUUAUUCCUACUUGAAAAGGAAAAUUAGGCCUUCCUCCAUAUCGUUUUUUCCGAAACCCACAAUCUUCAGUGUAUUUAGGAAGUCAAGGGUAGUCGACUCUUUGGACUCUAUUCGAAAUCCUCCAGCGACUACGCAGUUUGCAUUAAAAAAUGCUUACAUACCACUCACCCGUAGGACGCUCAUUCGAGAACUAUUGCAGGACAGUAGGACAGUAUUACCAUCCGAAAGAAAAAGCUUUGAGAAAAUAGCUAUCUUUCUUGACAGAAAGCUGGAAAGUCAGUUUCAAAUUCUUCAGAGUGAAUUUUCGGCUCUAUCACGUCCUCUCGAUGUUUCAAAUAAUUCAGAAGGGACCAGUUCGUUUUCUGUUGAUACAUCCAGUAAUUCAAAUGAACUUGACCGGGAAUUCUGGCUUCUUCGUCGGUUAGCAGAUAUUGCUCCUAUAGCUGGCUUUAUUGAAAUACCUCAACAUCAGUUACAAAAAGCAUGUAACUCAAUCAAAUCAAAACAUCAUGGUUUAAUAGCUUAUGUCGAUCCGGAUGAUUAUGAUGUACUUCGUUUUUGGAUCCGUGGAUUUCAUCCACAUUUUAAUGCUACUCCAGCUUGUUCUACUAUUUUUAAUUUGAAUGAUUCCAUAUCAACCCAAUCUGAACGUAAACAAGGCACAUUUAAAAAAUUAUUCAUACGAAUUUCUCAACUAUAUAAUAUAUUGGAACGAUCAAUAAAACGUAGUUAUUCUCCAAAUAUACAUGGUUAUGAAUCGGUAGAUUCAUUCACUACCGAAUCGGAUGGAUUUUAUUUCAGUCGAGUAUUAAUGUGUGUUCGGAGAAAAAAUAGUCAUAAUUUAGAUUUGAAACUUUUCGAAAAUGUACCUGUUACAGGUAUUGUACGUAAUUCAACUUUUGCUGAUAAUCUCUUAUAUCUUUUACCAAAUUUACGUACAAUUCCAUUGAGUAAAAGUUCACGUUUAGUUAUUUUAUUAAGUACAACUACAGCUGUAUGUUGUUUAGGUGUAAUUAGUCCUAUCGCUUGGUUAUUUGAUUCAAAUAAUUAUGAUUUAGUAUUAGCUUGGUCUAUGGCUGCAACUUCUUGUGCCAUUACUACACUAUCUAUUGUAUGGGUUCGUUAUUGGCGUGCACAAACUAAUUUAGCUAAUAAUUUAAAGUAUAUGUUUUAGGUAUAUUAAGAACUUCAUAUGGUCAUUUUAAUGAAAUGCAAGCUAUCUUUUACUCCGUUUUGAAUUUUGCGCAAACAUCUAAGAGGCGCUAUCAAAUUAGUUCGUCAGUAUAGUAUCGUUUUAUCAAAUUUGGAAUAAAACUGGAGCGCUUUCUUCUUAUUUGAGACUCGUUAUUUGAAUGUACCCACCACAUCCCAGUGUUGUCGCCUUAUACACCUACAGUGUGUUAAUCGCUAAUCUACUGAAUUCAGAUAACCAUUAACUUGUUCAAUCUGUACAAUAACUCUUUGUAAAGCAGUAUCUUUGUUGCCAAAGCUCUGGACUACAAUCAAUCAAUAUUUUGUUGAAAUUGGCGCAUGAACAAGAAUUUAAAGCAGCUUUACUUACAUAUGCUUUGUUGUUAAGACCCACUGACAGUAAUACUGCCUUAACUCCUGUACAGUUGGGUUUUCGCGCUGAAUCUUGGAUUGCUAAACACUUAUCACCUCAAUCUCAUAUUUCAUUACCAUCUUCAAUUGGUGCACCAAUCACAGGUGAUUCUCCUGAUUCACAAUUUAACGGUGGCUCUGGUCCACUAUUCGACUUAUCAUUUGAUGCAAAUAGAUCUUUACAAAUAUUACGACGUUUAGAUCUGGUUCGUGGAUCGGAAUCAUCACCAAAUGCAGUUAGUCCCGAGACAGCAUCUGUAGAUAUUCCAAAUGAUGGUUUAUCUAAAUCAAUUGGAUUAGAUCGUCUCUGGGUGACGGAUCCAUUAUUUAAAGAAUUAGAUUUAAAUUUGUCAAAAUCAAAUGAAUGUUAAUUUUCAUAUAAUCUUAAUUGAAUUUAUGAUUUAUUGUUGUUGGAACGCAUUAACUAAUCUUUUUUCUAGAACAUAAAUAUGUACUUGUCGAAUGUCUUUUUUUCCCUAUACAAUAGCACACAACAUAUCUUAUUUAGUUAUAGUAUAGGAAAGUUUCAGUUUCGUAUUUUAAACUAUUUUUAAUAUAGACUAUAAUGAAUUCCAUAUUGCUCCCCGUUAUUUUGGAACACAAAAAGCAAAAUAUUUUUCUCUCUAACCUUUCAUCACCUGUUCUUUAAUGAAUUGUUUUAAUUUUACAUGAAGCUAAUGAACCAUAAAUUUGUUGUAUAUUACUCUUUUUUCUGCAAACAAAAUUUAGUAUAAACCAUUCCCCCUUUUAAAUUCUUGUUUACACGUUAAUUUCUAAAUGUUUAUUCAGUGAAACUUUGGCCUCAAUAUUAGUUUAAGAUCUCAUGAAAUAUAGUAUAUAUAUAUGUAGAAAUAUUAUGACUUACUAGUAUUAUCAACAUACCCAAACUUGCCUGUUAAAAAAAUAACAAAAAAACAAUCCAUCUUAGGUAAAUAGUGGAAUCCCACAAAAUACCUUGAUUUCCAUCAGAUGAUGUCAAAAUAAAAUCGCAAUAGUAAGGAUUUAC